AUGCUAAAAUACAUUAUUCCUACAGUAAUACUUAUGCCUCUGACCUGAUUAUCAAAAGGCAAUAUAAUCUGAAUUAACUCCACAACUCAYAGCCUAUUAAUUAGUCUUACAAGUCUUCUUCUUAUAAACCAAUUUAGUGAUAACAGCCUUAACUUCUCCUUAGUAUUUUUCUCCGACUCCCUGUCAACACCACUACUAAUUCUAACCAUGUGGCUUCUCCCCCUAAUAUUAAUAGCUAGCCAACACCACCUAUCAAAAGAGAGCUUAACUCGAAAAAAACUGUAUAUUACUAUACUAAUUCUUUUACAACUAUUCCUAAUUAUAACCUUUACCGCUAUAGAAUUAAUUUUCUUUUAUAUUUUAUUUGAAGCAACAUUAGUCCCAACACUUAUUAUUAUCACUCGAUGAGGCAAUCAAACAGAACGCCUAAACGCAGGCCUUUACUUCCUAUUUUAUACACUAGCAGGUUCUCUUCCACUACUUGUUGCACUAGUUUAUCUUCAAAAUAUUACUGGAUCCUUAAACUUUUUAAUUCUUCAAUACUGAGUACAACCUCUAUCAAACUCUUGAUCAAACGUCUUUAUAUGACUAGCAUGUAUAAUAGCCUUUAUGGUAAAAAUACCACUGUAUGGCCUUCACCUCUGACUACCGAAGGCCCAUGUAGAAGCCCCCAUUGCAGGAUCUAUAGUUCUUGCAGCAAUCCUAUUAAAACUAGGAGGGUAUGGAAUACUACGAGUUACAAUAUUCCUAAAUCCACUCACCGAGUUCAUAGCAUAUCCCUUCAUUAUACUAUCACUAUGAGGCAUAAUCAUAACCAGCUCAAUCUGCCUCCGCCAAACAGAUCUCAAAUCACUAAUUGCAUAUUCUUCUGUUAGUCACAUAGCACUUGUCAUUGUAGCUAUCCUCAUCCAAACACCUUGAAGCUAUAUAGGGGCCACAGCCUUAAUAAUUGCCCACGGCCUUACCUCAUCUAUAUUAUUUUGCCUAGCAAACUCUAACUACGAACGAAUUCACAGUCGAACAAUAAUUUUAGCCCGAGGUUUACAGACUUUUCUUCCACUAAUAGCCACCUGAUGACUUCUAGCAAGCUUGACCAACCUGGCCCUCCCUCCAACAAUUAAUUUGAUCGGGGAACUAUUUGUAGUAAUAUCCACCUUCUCGUGAUCUAAUAUUACAAUUAUUUUAAUAGGACUAAAUAUAGUAAUUACCGCCUUAUAUUCCCUUUAUAUAUUAAUUACAACACAACGAGGUAAAUAUACUCAUCACAUUAAUAAUAUUUCACCUUCUUUUACACGGGAAAAUGCUAUCAUAUCAUUGCACAUUCUACCUCUACUACUAUUAUCACUAAACCCAAAAAUUAUUCUAGGACCCUUGUACU